GCGGCCACCACGACCAUCGAGGCUAUCACGACCAUCGCAAUCUUCAGUGGACAUUGGAAGCUGCAUUAAAAAAAAGAGAGAUAUUGAAGGAAGGUGGAGGGAAAUUAUUUGGUAGCAGAUGCAGCAGCGGUCAGCCAGUAGUCUGUCAGUAGUCUGUCAGAGUAGGUCAGUAGCCUGGCCAGUGGCCUGUAAUGGCCUAUAGGGAACCAAUUAUCUACAAGUUAGUGGGUCUUGAUCCUGAACGUCGUGGAGCGGGGUCGAUAACAAUCUGCAUACCCUUGAAACUUUUUCCCUGCUUUUUUCUCUUUCAUCUCGCUGGAUUUGCUGGAUUUGGCUGGUCUUCGCUUGCCUCGCUGACUUCUAACCCGGCGCCAAUACCCAGGGUGGUAGGCCACGACGGCCAACAGCAGUCGACGAAGCACAACACCCUGGCAUCAUGUCAUCCUAUCAAUUCUUGUGUGUUGCUUGUGCGUUGGCCAACCCCGUUCACCAUUCUUCCCUAUGGCACAACAAUAAAACCCGAAUGUCCCCUCUCUCUGCCCAACAUCCGUUCUUCACUCCUAUUUUCCAGCCCAAAGACCCUACCGUUUCUGCCCAACCGAGACCCAUUAUCACAUCACCACAUCACCACUCUCAUCAUCCCGUGGCUUACUUUUUUGUUGCUAUACCCAAGACAUCUUCCACAGUUCCCCCCACAGGACCAAACCCAUCAAUACCCCAUCAGGCCGUGGUUUAUUAACGCCCCAGGAUCGAAUUGUUGCAACACCUCUCCGUCGACAGAGAAAAACUGUGUCCAGUUCAGUUGAGAAACCAGUCUCACUGCUGCACCGCGUCCCAGUGUUUUGCCACAGGAUUCAUAGGGAUCAUCCGGAGAGCCUAUUACUCGUUUCAAUCCCACAAGGAAUCAAAUGACAGCCGUGGUUGUUUCCCGUCCGGACAACAUGUCAGGCUUCAACUCAUCUUUAGACAUGGAUGACGUCCACACUCCUGCGAGGACAGGACAGGACAGGAUCAAUCCGGGACAGGAU